AUGAUCGUCGAGUAUCACCGGCACCAGCUCAAAUCAGGCAAGCCCACUAAUGAGCUUUUACAAAGCAAGGUACACCCUGGGAUCAAUCGUCGACUUCAAGGCAUCGUUGAGGGGACUAGCUUUUCCAUCAUCGGAACCUCGGGCUGUGAGACUACCGUUUCUCUCCUCAAGCUAUGCACAGAUUCUCUUCCUUCAUUCGACGGCUACUGCAUAUCUGGGUCAAAAGAUCUGACAGGUUAA